CGAAAUCGACAUCGACCGGCCCGUGUGAGUGACAUGGCGUUACUUUAGCGCAAUUUAAUUCAGAGUUCUUUUGUAUAAAUCCCAAAGAAGUACGCUGUUUUUGUAUCAACCAUAACCAUUAUAUGAAUGCAUCAUGAGUACAUUGGAUAUAAAUAAAAUUGAGGCCGAGGAAGAAAAUAAGACGCCCGAUAAGAAACAAAUCGAGGCGGAAGAAAAGGAGGUGAUGUUGAAGAAUGAUAGCGAGAACAAUGAAAUGAAUGCUGAAGUGAAGGCAGAGGGCGAGGGGCUGGUGAAGGCGGCGCUGUCACAGGAGGUCAUUGAGCAGGGCAGGGAAGUGAAACCCAAGUUUAUUCCCAUUGGUGCCAUUAAAAUGCCUGGGUUUUUCACCAGAAACUCUGACAAACCUAAGGAUGAUGAAGUCAUUGAGAAGGAUGCAGAGAAUGAAAAGACUGAGGAGAGCAAGCCCAAACGCAACCACUUCCAGUUUCUGCACACAUGCCCCUUCACCAAGUUCCUGCACCACCCCACUCAGAAUGAUAAAGAUGGUACCAUUGUAGAAGAAAAAAAAGGUAUUCGCUUACCAAAAAUUAAUGUGGAUUAUCAAAAAUACUUCCAAAAGAGGUCUAACAAAGACCCUGAGGCAACCCUUGCUUCCAUGGAGACAUUGGAAGACAAGCUAGACACACCCAAUGAUGGAAUGGAAAAUGUUAAAUUAGAUCCAGAAGAAGCUGUUGAUGGCAAAGUGGCCACGAAACUGCCUUUCAAAGAAAGAAUUCGACAGAGGAAGUUUAUAAUUGACGACCUGAUCGUGGGCGCGGUGGUGGUGCUGGUGCUGCUGGCCGUGGUGGUGGGCGUCAUCGUGGGCGCCAGCGCAGGGCCGCCCGCGCAGCGCCCGCUGCGGCUCGGCCGCUACAUGACCACGCUCUCCUCCUGCGGGCCCCUGGAGGGUAUCUUGGAUGAAGGCGUGUACAAGUUCUACAGCAUUCCGUACGCCGUGCCACCUAUCGGAGACUUGAGGUUCACGUAUGCUCAAUCACUUAACAAUAUAUCGCUGUGCUGGAAUGGCACUCUUCAAACCCACAAGCCUGGGCCGCUCUGCAUGCAGUUUAAAGAAAACGAACGAACUAUUAUAGGCGAAGAAGACUGCUUAACGCUGGAUGUGGUCACUCCUCAAGUCAGGUACGAUUCUCCCCUGCCGGUGGUCGUUCUGAUAGGAGCCGACACCCUCGCCGGCGGCAUCAGUCCCGCUCAACCGUCCGCUCUGUACGCGCGCACCAAGGAGGUGGUUUUCGUGCGACCCAAUUUCAGACUCGGACCCUUCGGGUUUUUGGCUCUCGACAUUCUCUCCAAAACCAAAUAUCCGGAGACCUCGGGCAACUACGGCCUGAGCGAUCUGCUAGUCGCGUUACGGUGGGUGAAGUCGAAUAUUCAUCACUUCGGCGGCGACCCCGACUCCGUCACGCUGCUCGGGCACCGCGCCGGCGCCACGCUCGCCGCCGCGCUCACCACCGUGCCCAAAGCUCAGAAGUUGUACUCUAGAGCUUUCCUCUCGUCCGGCUCCGUUAUAUUCCCCGGCAAACCCCUGAAAGAUUCGUACCCACUAAAUGAGGAAUUCAAACAGAACAGCAAAUGCAACGACGCCGCCUGUUUACGCCGCAUGAAGCCGGAGGCGGUGAUGACGGCCGUGCCGGCCACGUGGCUCGGGUCCGACGUCGGCUCUCUUCCGAAGACGAACGAGAUGAAACACUCCUGGCUGGUCCUGGACGGCGCGUACGUGACGCGCCACGCCUUCGAGGCCUGGGACCUCCAGAAGGAGUCGAAAGAGACCGGCAAGGAGCGAGCGUUCAAGCCGAUGGUGUUCGGAACGACCGCGCACUCGGGCCACUCGGACCUCCUGCGCAUGAAACACCUGAACUGGACCGCCGAGCACGUGGAGAGCGUCGUCAACGACAGCGUGAUCGGCGACAAGAAGCUGACCGGCGCGGUGUUCGCGCACUCGACCAGGACGUACCGGGGGCUGGUGGAGCUGGUGUCGGCGGUGCGCACGCUGUGCCCGCUGGUGAGCCUGGCGCGGCUGCGGCUGGGCGCGGCGCUGUACGUGGUGGCGGGCUCGGGCGCCGGCGCGGCGGGCGCGGGGCUGGCGGGCGUGGACGCCGACCUGGAGGCCAUCCUGGGCACCUUCGACUCGGAGGUGGUGGAGCAGCGCCGCUUCAUGGCCGCCAUGCAGCAGCUGUUCUACUACUUCGUGUGGAACGGCCGCCUGCCCGCGCCCGAGACCGGCCUCAUGGAGGUCGGCCAGGACGUGCUGCCGCUGCACGGGCUGCCGCUCUGCGACCUGCUCAUCCGGGAGGAUAUAGUGCCGAGGUAUGCUCACGUCGAUUAGUCCCUAGUCUCGCGUGGAUCGGGGCUUCACAAUCCUUUGGUAAAAAUAACUUCGUAGGUUCUCAGUCGUCGUCGUCAAAAGGGUUGGGAGACCCUGCUCAAUUAUUAUCCUUGUUUGUUGCGUUGUCUUAGCUAGAAAUCACAGCCAGGUGUUGCUUUAAAAAUCAUAUUUUAAUUUAAUACACGCAUGAAAAUAAGCACCUAUCUUAAAAUGUUGAUAUG